AUGGCCACUGCGGUGAUGGCUGGUCCCGAUGAGGGCCUUCACAGUAGUCUUCACGCGUCAGUGAGAGACAUGUCCGAUCCUUUUGUUGACGACGACAAUCCGCGGCAAUCCAGUCAUUCUCACCGCUAUUCCAGUCUCGUCGACCCUGACUCGAUCACCUUGGGCGCAGCUACAUCGCCUUCCCAGGUCAAAAGAAGUAUUAUCGCGCAUCUUGCAGAGACAGAGCGCCGUCUGCACGACGCGCAGAAGCUUGGAGAAUCACUGUUACUGCAACAGUCGGAGCUCAACGACAAGCUGCGUGAGGUGGAGGAGCACCAGGAAGAUGCCGAGAUAUCUCCAGAACUGCGGAAACAGCUUGCCGACUUGGAAAGAGAACACAACGAUGUUGGCAAAGAAAUUGCGCGAGCUCUAUUAGGCCCAAAGUCGAGGGCUGUCAGCGGAGAAGAAAAGCUAGGCGUUGAGCAGUCUACAUUUACGAGCCAGGCGACUGCAUCGCCCACGAAAGUUACAGCUCCAAGCCGACGACAACGCAACCAGCCGAGCAAUCGCGCUGGCGAUUUGCAAUUUGCGGCAGAUAUUUCCACUUCGCUUCUAGCGCAAGUGAGAAGCCUACAGAGCGCAGUGGCUGAACGGGAUGAUCUUUUGAAGCAGGCCAAUGCUGACAGAGAUCGAUUAGAGCAAGAAGCCCAAUUAUAUGUGCAGCGUUUACGAGCCCAGGAUGAAAGUGAGCAAAAGUACAAAGAUGAGAAUUGGAAUCUGGAAACCCAGACGCACGAGUUGUUGGCGGCAGCUCGCGAAGCUGCUGACCGAGAAAAGAGACUAAACACAAGUCUCGCCGCUGCGGUAGCGGAGAAGAGUAGACUUCAGAGUGAGAUGGACGAGAUUAGGGUUGCACACGAAAAGCUGACCGAUGAACACACUACGGCAAAGAAAGCUUACGAUUCCGAAUUGCACACACUCAAGCGUGGCAUGGACGUCGGAGAAGGCGAGAGAGCUGCCUUACAAAACAAAGUUGAUGAGUUGACUGCGCAAAACCAUGAGCUGGCGCGAGCAGUUGCGGCACGCUUACGAGGACAGCAUCCUGAUGCAGAGGCUUCCGCAGGUCGAGCUUACGAUGAAGAAUUCCAAGACCUGGAGUCCCCGGAACAUUCGCCCCCUGCUUCUCCCACAAAAGCAACCCCACGGCAUGGCGGGCUGGAGUCGGAGACACUUCGCAGCUCGUUACAUCAUGCUCAUAGGAUGAUCCAGAACCUCAAGAACAAUAUUCAUAGGGAAAAGACAGAAAAGAUCGAGCUCAAGCGUAUGCUACAAGAUGCCCGAGAUGAACUAGAGCAGCGUCGAGGCGACGUAUCCCUCGGUAGCGGCAAUAAACGACAAAAGACAAAGUCGGAUACUUUCAAAAAACCAGCUCGGCCCGAUAUGCUAGGAGGGAGUCGGAGGGCUCGAACUGAUAUUGAGCUCGAAGACGACGAUUGGGAGGAUAACACAGUUGACUCGCCUACUAAAUCGCACACUCAGGGGCAGUUAGCAGUACCAGUUGCUGCCGGAAGUCACACCACUGAUCUGAGUGAUGCAUAUCAGACCGCAAACGAGACCGAAGGUGCUUUUGAAACUGCAGAUGAGCGACACGCCACAGAGAGCGAAGACUUCCAGACUGGUGCCGAAAGCCUUGCUGGUGAUAGCACAGAUGACCUCACCGAAACUGAAGAUACUGCGGCUCAACUGCGGCGGAAAGGCAUAUCCCGGACAAAUAGGCCAUCUCUCGCCUUCAAACCUGCUGGGGACCGGCAAUCAUACAUGAGCACCGCCUCUACUUCAGCUGGUGAAGAUGAAGACGAACUCAAAACGCCAGUCCUGAGUCAGCCGCAAAAGUUCCGGCUCAAAAACGGCCGGACUUCAUUCGCUAGACAGUCGAGAGUCCCCCCGGAUGGCACUCCCACAACCGUGUACUCGGAAAGCGCACAGCAGGACUCGCCAGCUACGAUCGGUAGUGAGCGAAGCGUGCCUGGCGCUGAGCGUAGUCUUUUCGCAGAGCUAGGUGGUAUGGAUGACAGCUCCAACUUUGGUACCCCCGGCAGAGCUAGCAUUGCCUCAGCAGCCUCAACCCCUGGUGUCCCUGCCUAUACCCCCAGCAAGCAACCAGCACCGCAACCGGAACCGGUUAGCCUUGUCAAGGCGGCAAUGGUCGACUGUGCAACGAUGACUGAUCCCUGGAAGCCAGACCAAGCUUGGCCUACGAGCAUUGUCGAGUUUGAUGAUGUCGACGGAUCUCAUACACCGUUCCACGAGCAAUCACUCUCCCCGAUUGCUUCCCAGUUUCCGCUACCUCCAACUGUGCCAGUAUCACCCAUCAAAAACAUCGACAAUGGCACCCAAUACACCCCACAGAGAACGCUGCAAGAAAGCCCGAUCAGGAAUACUGCAUUCAUCACUCCUCCCAAGACCGUAUGGGAUGAAGCACAAAGCCCCCAGCAAGGGGAACCCGUCGCUGAACUCAUGCCCCAGCCCCUGGCCCUGGAACGCCUCAACUAUUCUGGUCUAUUGAUGCUGGACACCAUGCCAGUAACGCCCGAGAAAGCGACCGCAAUUGCGGCUUCGUUGCCUGAACCGCUGACACUUUCAAGCAUUUACGCUCAAGUCACUGAGCCUGUGCGAACCCCCCAGAAGAAACGGGCCCCUGGUGUAACGGCUUCCACCCAAGUCGAAGACUCUCCGAGCAGGCCUCAUACUACUGAAAAGGUGGCAGCGUCAGGACUACUCGCUUCAGCAGCUGCUGCUUUGGGCCUGUCUAAAGCAAAGAACGACCGUGCGCCGUUGAUUGCCGAGGACGAGACAAGCGAACAAACAGGCACUGCUUCAGAGAUGCCGGCGAAUAUGCCCUUGAGGGAUGUCUCUGGUAAUAGCAUUCCGGUCAAGCAUGUCCUUGCCGGCAAAUCUGACUAUGUACAAGAGCAGCCGGAGUCUCCUUCAACCAUCAGUCAGGAUCAAGGCUCCCAGACGCUUCUUACCGCACAACAGAUCGAAGAAGCUUUGCGAACGCAGCUUACUUUGCCGUUGCCAUUGCCAGAGGGCCAAAAGCAAGUGGAGUCUGUCACUAGUCCACUCGGCCCUGUCACACCGGCUGAGGCUCUUGACCGGCAGGAAGUUGACAUUCCCGGUGAAAUCGUGCCUGGCAUACCCAUUGGCCAGGCAAUUCCUCUUCCCUCGCCCACGAAGAGGCCAUCAAGUUCAAUGAGCCGCCGUUUGUCCAACAGCCAUCCACCCCUUCCUCCCGACCACAAAGCCGCCAUUGCUAAAGCUGCGAGUCGAGUCAGUUCUCCGACUCGAGAACUCAACGCUGCGCCCCAUGUACCAACUGUCAUGGGUCCGCCCGCCCUUCCAGCCUCAGCUAUGCGGCGCCCACGCACUCCAGGAGACUCUGUACGAUCUCCCAGUCGUGACGGCACUGCCCAUCGCACAUCUAACGUCGGCCGUCACCAACGAGGCACCGUAACUUCGCAGUUGUCACAUCGGUCGUCUGUCUCCUCGUUCGCAUCUGAGUUGGAUGAGCGUUUCAACAUCCAUCCCGCCGGACAGAUGUCUGCUCAUGGGUUCGGCACAGACCCCAGGAUAAUCCAAGCCAUUACACAAACCAUGAUAGGAGAGUUUUUGUGGAAAUACACUCGCAAGGCUGGAAGAGCCGAGAUGUCGGAAACAAGGCAUAGGCGGUACUUCUGGGUACACCCGUAUACCAAGACUCUGUACUGGUCGGAUCAGGACCCCCAAACUGCGGGCAGGAACGAGCUCAAAGCAAAGAGCGUGCUCAUUGAAAGCGUUAAAGUUAUACCUGAUGACAAUCCUAUGCCCCCUGGACUCCAUCGGAAGAGUCUUGAAAUCAUCACCCCUGGCCGGCGUGUGAGGUUUACUGCGAGCACUGGACAGAGACACGAGACAUGGUUCAACGCAUUGAAUUAUCUGCUUCUUCGUGGUGAUGAUGCUAGUGGCGGGACUUACCAAGCCGGCGGAUCGGAGAUCACCCGGGACGACGUUGACGAAUUCAAUGUCAAUGCUGGCGGAUAUGGAGCUACACUGGUCCCAACUACCAGCCGUAUGAGUUUGUCAAGCUACAAUUCUCGAACCACUCGAGGCACCAGUGCCAACCGAGCCUCCACUACCCAAAGACCAGCCCUGGGUAUCGCUACGACUGGUGCAACACGUCCGUCGCACGGGCCUACCAACGAUACAACCACCCGACAAAGCCGUGUCGAGCAGUCUCAAGAAACCAAUACAGAGCGUGCAGGCCGUGCUAGCAGUGUCAGUCGAUUCUCACGUAUGAUCGGAUCUGUUACGGGAAAGACUCGGGGGAUAAGUGAGGCAGCAAACCGGGUUUCCGGAGCACGAAGUGAAGCUGGUAGCAUCUACGACGCCAGUUUGGUGAGUGAUGGGCGCAAAGACUCUGCAGAGGAGCUUCGCCGAGAGAUGUUGAGGCAAGAACAAGUCGGAUUUGGUGGACUGGAGAAUGUCCGGGCAUGCUGUGACGGUAUGUACAGAACGGUGAAUUUUUGA